AUGGAAUCCCAGGACGGAAUUUCCGUCCGGCCUAUGAGGCUGAAGGUGCUCUAUACGUUUGACGAGUCCAGCAAGACCAAUUGCUUGGCCCGGUGGCCCCAUCUCCUCGACAUCCAGACCGCCGCCCUCGACGAGAAGCUGCAGAUCGGUGUCAUUGAGCUGAAAACAUGCAUCCAGGCCAUUGUUUCGGCAAGCCCGGAACUGGUUGCCAAGCUUGGACAGGACUACACCGUGUACGCCUACGAUUACUCCGAGUAUGAGACGCCUCUGGUCGGACAGGGAAUGCUGUCGUGGGUGCUUGCGUCGGCUUCUCCCAGCCCCAACGCCCCCGCCCAUCAGUCAAAGACAAUGGUUACCGGUCGAGUGUGCAAGAACGUUCUGGGUCUAUUCUCCAAGGGUGCUCAGGAGACAUUGGAGGUGAAAUUGCGAUUGGUGCCGGUCCCCACCGUCCUGCAGAGCGAUUAUCUCGAGAGCAUGCAGAAGUACCGGGAAUUGAGCAACGUCAUUCCUCACGAGUUCGACGCCCAGGCUUGGACGAGUUUUGUGCGGCAGAACCCGGGUUUGGUGUCUCCCCGCGAGCAGCAGCCGGACCCAAUAGCAUCACCGGUGGAUCACGCCGGAAUUGAGAGGUUCCACCAAUUGCUCAGCGAAGGGUCGACGCCAAGGGAGCUACCCUCAAUGGCUGGAAAUGCGUCGAUACGCUCGGCUUCCCCCGCGCAGCAACAGGAGCAUACACAACAGCUUCAGCACCAGCAAGACCGUCUACACAACGAUGCCAUCCGGCCAGGCUCCAGCGCUUCGAUGCGUGACUCGGAUCUCCCCACUCACUCGAGAUACGCCCCCAGUCGUCGAGGCUCCAUUCAAUCAGGCUACGGCAGCGGCGACGAGUCUUCGGAACAACAACCCCGCAAACGGGCCAAACUGUAUCGGGCAGAGUGGCCUGGAAAGUCCGACUUGAAUAUUGAGAGACAACCCAGCUCUCUGCGGGUCGCCGCCAGCACCGCAGCCUCUGUCCGCAUUCAUCGUCCUACUCCGGUCAACCCCGCUAUUGCUGCUGCUCAGAACUCGAAUGAGGAGCCUGUUCGCCCGCCUACCCCAAUCUCUAACUCGCAUGAAAUUACUCGUCGCGCACGUCCUCCUCCCAGCUUGCUCCGCGAGUCAUCCCUUCACACUCCCUACACCUCUCCGUAUCCCAUGAGCGAUGAUCACCCCGCCGGCGAUAACCAGUCCCCUGAGUCGCGUUACCAGGGCCUCUUCGAGCCUUCGUUCAGUAUGCCGUCGUCGCCUCCCGUUCUCGACUGCGGGUUCCCAGGCCGCUCCAGCCCGGUCCUUCCGCCCAUGGCCGACUCGGGCUUCAUGAGUGGUGGUAUGGAUGAGCUGCUGGAUGAAGAAAUCGGCACCCCUCUGGACGAUUCAACUGGCGCAGGCAGAGAGAAGCGGAUUGUCCGUCCUGCUGCACAUGCCAGCUCGCCGAUCACUGCGCCCACCAACAUGGAGAACUUCCCAGCCAGCGACGCUCCUGACCAAACUGGGAAAGAAAGAACAUCCGCUCCAAUCCGCGCACCAGCCAGCAACGCCGGCUCGAGGCCAUCUUCUCGGGCUAGCAUGAGACAGGCUCCCAAGCCACUUGCACCUGCACCCAUGUCGCAGAGCGAACUCGAGCAGCUGAUCAGUACCAUUCCCGCCAGCGAUCCAAUCCUUCCUUCUCAUGUCAACACGCACAGCUCCCAGGCCUGGACCGGACCGAUGAGCGACUACAAUGGUGCUGAGACCCCGGCCCCGCAGCCUGUACUCGAGGAUGGCAAAAUCCGCAGCGGCACGGGCGCUCGCCGGUUGCGGCAGGUUCAGGCACGCCUCGAUCGGUGCAUUCGCGACGGUCAGGUCCCACCUUACUGCGAAAACUGCGGUGCCAUUGAAACCCCCACCUGGCGCAGAGCGUGGUCGAAAGAGUUCGAAGGCAACGAAGACGACGCUAAUAAACUCACGGAGGAUCCCACCAUGUUGUUUUGGCAGGCUGUUGAACGUGACGAUCAAGAGAAGGUCAUCAAAUUCAAGGUCUACAAGAAGAGCCUAGCCGACACCGACAACGACUUUGUUCAGGUCCUUCUUUGCAACCCCUGUGGUCUUUGGCUCCACAAGUUCAAGUGCAUGCGCCCGGAAAAUAAAUGGAACAAGACCGCCAGCAACAAGAGAAAGCGUCCCCCAAGAAACCGCAAGGGAGGCGGCCCGCUCUCGACCAACAACAACCCUGCAACGAGACACCGUGCCAGGGCCGAGUCCUCCAAAGCGGACGAAUCGUCUCCUGGGGCGUCCGAUGCCUCUUCUCCCGCGGUGGACGAUGCCACUCCCCGUGGUGAUAAUGACAGCAACGAGGCUGAGAACAACAACGAGCAGGAUCGUGACGGAGCCCAGGAGCAGCCCGCCAAGCGGCGCCGUGCUAACAGCCUGGAGCCGCGCAAGUCGAACGACACAGCGGCCAGUCGCUGGCAGGAGCAAGACCCGGUGGCUGCUCUCCGCAACGCGAUUCAGUCUAGCCCUGCGAGAAACGUGGUGGGGCGCAAUGCUCCGGCGGCGGACGAGAAUGCUCUUACUCCCAAGUCAGUGAGAAGAGUGCUUUUUCCUAACUCCCACAAUGAAGGUGGACCGUUGAGAGCACUGGGUGACUCAAGCGUCAACAGCCCACGCCGCAGCCCCCGCAGUUCUCGGGCGGCCGAAAAGCCGGCUGACGACAAAGAGAACCAGACUGCGACUAAUCUGGACGCACUCUUUGAGAGCCCGAGUUUCGGAUUCGACGUGCCCGCGAGCCCGACCCCUCGGCGACGCAAUCAGCGGUCGGGUCUGUUGAGCGAGAAGCGCCUUUCCCUGCCGUGCAUCUCCCCUUUAGCAAAGGCACGGAGAGGAGUCGCUGCGGAUACGUCCCCUACCAGACUCACUGCGCAAAAACUUCAGCGGAUCCAGAGCAGCCCUGGCCCCAUGCCGCGUCAGCACAAGACCCCGAAGCAGGCUCGAUCGACGCUGAGUGACCUCCAGCUGCCUGUCAACGCUUUCGGCGGUUUUGAGGGGAUGGACAACAUGAUCGUUGACAUCUUCUCCGACGCGCCUUCGGCCGCAGCCACGGACGCACUGUUCGGAAUCGACAAGUGUGCUGCGGGCAACAGCUGGCCUGACUGGAUUCCGUCCGAUUAUGUUUCUCCCACUGGAUCUGAGGGCGAGGCGGCCAACGGAGACUCGGGGGCGAGUGGGGAAGAUCCGCGGGAUCUGCUCAACGCACUCAUGGCUGACCCGGAGCUCCAGAAGGCCAACCAAUUUGAUAUCUUCAAUUAUGUCGAAACGAACGUGCUCGAUUCCGGAUUCUUCAGCUCUGAAGCCAGUAAUUCUGAGACAGUGCCGGCACUGGGUGUUAAAGACAAGGCUGCGGAGUCCGGCACUGGGCACGAGGCGCAGCCGACUGCCAAUGAUGUGUAA